GCUGAGUGCAUGAACUUCGUGAAGAUUCUGCACCCCUACAAUCGGACCCACUUGUAUGCCUGUGGCACUGGUGCCUUCCACCCUGUCUGUGCCUUCGUGGAGGCUGGCCAGCAUGCAGAAGAGCCUGUCUUCAAGCUGGACCCUCGCCACACUGAGGAUGGCAAGGGGAAGAGCCCGUACGACCCCCGGCACACAGCCGCCUCCGUCCUCUUGGGUGGGGAGCUCUACUCUGGGGUGGCCACAGAUCUGAUGGGCCGUGACUUUACCAUCUUCCGCAGCCUGGGCCGGCGUCCCUCCAUCCGCACAGAGCAGCAUGAUUCCCGCUGGCUCAACGAGCCCAAGUUUGUGGCCGUUUUUUGGGUGCCAGAGAGUGAGGACCCCGACGACGACAAGAUCUACUUCUUCUUCCGCGAGACAGCAGUGGAGCGGCAGCAGGGACUGGGCAAGACCAGCUUCGCCCGCAUUGGCCAGAUCUGCCGGAAUGAUGUGGGCGGGCAGCGCAGCCUGGUGAACAAGUGGACAACCUUCCUGAAGGCUCGGCUUGUCUGUGCGGUGCCAGGACCCGAUGGAGCGGACACCCACUUUGAUGAGCUCCGGGACGUUUUCCUACUGCAGACAAGGGACAAGCGCAACCCUCUGGUCUACGCCAUCUUCUCUACCUCCAGCUCUGUUUUCCAGGGUUCAGCCGUCUGUGUCUACACCAUGGCCGAUAUCCGCCGGGCUUUCCUGGGCCCCUUUGCACACAAGGAAGGUCCCAACUACCAGUGGGUGCCAUACCAGGGGCGUGUGCCGUACCCCCGCCCAGGCAUGUGUCCCAGCAAAACCUUCGGUACCUUUGGCUCCACCAAGGACUUCCCAGAUGAGGUGAUCCAGUUUGCUCGACACCACCCGUUGAUGUACAACCCUGUGCUGCCACACAGCCAGCGCCCCCUCUUCCUGCAAACUGCGGUGCCCUACACCUUCACCCGCGUCGCUGUGGACCGUGUCACUGCUGCCGAUGGCCACUAUGAUGUCCUCUUCAUUGGCACAGACGUGGGCACGGUGUUGAAGGUGGUCUCAGUGCCCAACGAGAGUUGGCACCGCAUGGAGCCAUUGCUGCUGGAGGAGCUGCAGGUCUUCCAGGAUGCCUCUGCCAUCAUCAGCCUGCAGAUCUCCUCCAAGCGGCACCAGCUUUACGCUGGCUCAGCCACGGCAUUGGCCCAGCUGCCCCUGCACCGCUGCAGUGCCUAUGGCAAAGCCUGUGCCGAGUGCUGCUUGGCCCGAGACCCGUAUUGUGCCUGGGAUGGCACCACCUGCACCCGCUAUGUGCCCAACACCAAGAGGCGUUUCCGCCGGCAGGACAUCCGCAAGGGUGACCCCAACAUGCUCUGCUCUGAAGAUCCCCGUCGGGGCAGUGUGCCCCAGAAGCAGCUCUAUGGAGUGGAGGGAAGCACUGUCUUCCUGGAGUGCAUCCCCAAAUCCCUGCAAGCCCACGUCCUCUGGACAUACCAGCGCACACCAGAUGACCCCCAGAGAGAGGUGCAGAUGGACGAGCGGGUGGUGCGGACGGAGCAGCGUCAGCGCGCUGACGCUGGCCUCUACCUCUGCCACGCCACCGAGCACAGCUUCACCCAGCCCCUGCUGCGGCUCUCCCUGGAGGUGAUCAGUGCCUGGCAAGCUGCAG